CUUCAAUGGAUGUCUUUCCUUCAUUGGGUGUAAGUUGUGCCUUCAUAGUCGCGUGGAAGGACAGUCAGGUGGCAAGUGGACGGUUCACAUCCUCUUCUACCACUUGCGACGUUUGUGAAGCUGUCGUGAAGCCCGAUACAUUGGGCAAAAACUGCUCGUUUGCAGAGGCAGUCCAGAAGACAGCUGAGCAUGGCAGCAUUGGCCAGGCAACUCACUUUGUGUCCCACGCGUGGAAGUACAACUUUUGCGACUUGGUGGCCGCCAUCGAAAUCUACUUCUUGUCGCUCCCAUCGCAAGAGUCAAAAGACAACGUGUUCUUUUGGGUCGACUUGUUUGUCGUGGACCAACACAACGCCCCAGCCCGCCCUCAUAGCUGGUGGUCCACUACAUUUGUAGACGCCAUCCGUACGUUUGGCAAAGUGGUGCUCGUGUUCCAGCCCUUCUUGGACCCCAUUCCCCUAACGCGGGCAUGGUGCCUCUGGGAAAUCUUUGCCGCCAUUCAAAGUGGCGCCACCAUUGACUUGGCCAUGCCCACAGAGCAAUGGACGACCUACCGCGUUAGUCUUCGCGAAGACUACCGCGCGGUCAUAGACAACCUCCAAGCUCUCGAUGCCCGCAAGGCAGAAGCGUUCAACCCCAACGAUCGAGCUGAAAUAUUCCACGCCAUCGAACAAGGCGUUGGUUUCGACGGACUGAACGACCACGUUCGGCAACUAGUUGCGGGGAUCCUCUUGGUUGGCGUCACGCGUCAUUCGUGCCAAGACAACAACCUGCAGCGGCUUACAGACAUGCUCGAUUUAAGCCCCAACAUCAACACCGUUUCUACAUUCCUGACUCCACUGGGUGUGGCUAGUGACAUGAACUCACCGCUGGUCGUGGACUUUCUUCUCGCUCGUGGUGCUGACGUCAAUGCCACCAUGUCGUGGGGACACUCGGCGCUCCAUGUGGCCUGUCGAGCGGGCAAUACCGACAUUGUACGACUGUUACUCUUGGCGGGGGCAAGCACGACGUUGUGCAACGCGGCCGGUCGGACUGCGUUGGAGGAAGCCAAGUACAUGGCGUCCAACCCAAGCUCCGAUGCUGCCUCGACAACGACGCCCCCUACUGAUUCGACCGGAGUGCAACGAGCAGCGGCUGAAGAGACCCAGUGUCCCGAGGCCCUCUUGCAAGCCAUGGAAGCGGCCCAGAAUGCCUUGAAUUCGCUCACAAAAAGCAACAUAAGCGAACUCAAGUCGUUGUCCAAGCCUCCUGAAAAAUGUGUGCUGGUCAUGAAGUGCGUGCUCUUGAUUCUUGGCAUCCCUGGUCCCAGCGAUACGACGAGUUUGAAAGAGUGGUGGGAGGUGGGUAAGCGCAAGCUGCUGUCGAAUCCAAACAUCCUCGAAGCGCUCAACGUGGGCUGCGACUUUCCGGCGAUUGUGGUUUCGCCUGCGACGACAAGAGCAGCGAUCCCCCAAGUUCUAGACCUGUUGGCCGACCCGGCGUUGGACCCCCCUUUGAUUCGCAACAUCAGCCAAGCGAUAUGGUCAUUUUGUUUAUGGGCACGAUGCUACUUGAUCGCCCAUCAACUCCGAGAGCAGCAAACUGACAUGACGGCCAUCAAGACUAGCGUGGAGGGGGAUCUCAAAGAAGCCAAGGCCCUCCAAGCCGAACAUAUUGAAAUGUGCUUGAAAUGCGCUGAGAUUGUUCGACUCCAUGUGAAGACAACCACCGCGGACGAUCUGGCCUCGUCAGUUGAACCACCACAAAUUGGGUUGAAUCUCAACCCAAUUUGUGAUGGUUCAACUGAUCCUCAGGGUCAUCAAUAAUACCACCACUUGGCAGCG